UUUCUGAGAGUACGCGCGUAAACCAAAACUUUUAAAAAUAUACAAGUAUAUAUUCUUUAAAAGAUACUGGUUAUUAAAAUUGAUGUUAUCAAUAAUGUCGGUAUUUCUAAUUGUAUGGCACUAAUAACAGCGGCAUGUGUAGUCCAAAAUUUAUCAUGUAUCUCGUCGGUGCUACUAUUUUGAUGUUUCCCCGCUAGAUGUUCUUACUUCUACCCGAUAUUUCCACCGAAUUACUAUAGAUAGAUUAGGUGUAACUGGAAAUAACCUCACGUCACGUCCCAUGUGAAGAAUUAUAAUGAUGCUGUUGGUUUCACGGGGUUAUAACUAUUUAUAAAAUCAGCUAUUUAAUCGUGUACCAUUUAAAAUGGUCGAAUACGAGUUACCGGUGUUGUACCUGGUAUAACUCAUUGUUGUGUAUUUCAGCAUUUUUUGAUAAUUAAAGAAGAAAUUAAUGAUUUUGUAAUGGAAUAAACACGUUCGUAAGAUCGGUGGAUCUAUUUUUACUUUUUUAAAUUCAUUCACAAGUUCAAUUAUGGCUCUCCUAGGAGCUCAGUUGGUUAUCACUCUUAUUAUGGUUAGUGUCAUUCAAAAAUUAACUCCUCAUUUUUCUCUGGCAAGAUGGAUUCUAUGUUCUACAGGGUUGACACGUUAUUUGUAUCCAACUGAUCAACAACUUAGAACUCUUGCGGGUGUACCUAAAGAAAAACUCAAGAAAAGUAAACACAUGGAAAAUGGAAAGGUUGGAGACGUGUUUCAUGUUCCUAGGAAUUUGAAUAUUACGCUAGAAAGCGUUAAAAUAACCACAUUAGAUGUAGUGCAUUUAAAAUAUUAUACAGAAUAUCAGUGGUUAUUGGACUUUUCUGUUUAUGCUACUGCAGUUUAUAUCAUUACAGAGCUGUAUAAUUAUUUAUAUCCAAUUAAAGAUGAAAUUAAUUUAAGUAUGCUUUGGUGCUCAUUGGUUCUCGGGUUUGCAUUUAAAGUAUUACUUUCCCUUUGGGUACAAUACUUUAAAGGAGAAGAGAGUAUAGGUGAACGAUCUACGUGUAUUGUAACUGGAUUUGCGUAUCUUCUUAUAGCUAUGAUAGUCCUUAUUGUUGAUGAGAAUAAUCUUGAAAUUGGAUUGGAUAAAGCUUAUGCAAGUUUUAACCAUAGUGCAUCACUUUUUUUAGAUAAUCAGGGUCUUUCUUCUACAGGACCUGCAUCCAAAAUUGUUGUGAAGUUCUUUCUUGCCUUGUGGUGUGGCUUGGUUGGUUCUUUAUUUACCUUCCCAGGGUUAAGAGUAUCAAAAAUGCAUUGGGAUGCAUUAAGAUAUUAUAAAGAUCAGAAGUUAUUGUUAUUAAUAGCAAAUAUUAGUUAUGCAUCUCCUCUCUUGUUGGUAAGUUUGUGGAUUAAACCUGUCAGCAGAGAUUACCUCACAAUUCGAAUAUUUACUGGUAUGAAUGAGCCACUUAUGACAGCUUCAGCUUUUGAGAGUAUGAGGUUAAUUGUAAUAGUUACUGCAGUUUUAUUAAAACUUGUUUUAAUGCCAAUGUACUUGCAAUCAUACCUUAAUUUAGCUGUACAACGAUUAGAGAAUCAAAAGAAAGAAGCGGGAAGAAUUACGAACGUUGAUCUACAGAAAAAGAUAGCUGCAGUAUUUUACUAUUUAUGCGUUGUAGCAUUGCAAUUUAUUGUUCCAUUAAUUAUAUGUUUGUUUUUUACAUUCAUGUACAAGACAUUAGUAUUUCUUCUAGGUGGUUAUACAUGGGUAGAUCUUUUUAAGGGCUCAGCAUUUGAAGAAUGUCCUGCAAAUCAACCACCUAAAUCUAUAUCUAACACAAUAAACAGCGAUGAUGAUAAUGAAAAAACCGUUGUGCAAACAGCGCAAGACUUUCAACUUGCUUUGAGUUCCUUAAAGCAGAUAUUUACUACAGAUGUGUACAGAGGUUUGUUAGGUUUAGCAACAUGGUGGAGUUGUUUUGCAUUGUUUGCAACUACCGCUAUGGGUAUGUUUUAUCAAUCAUACUUCACUAGCAUGUAAGGAAAUUACAAGGAAGAACAUUUGAUGUCAUUUCGCACAAACUUACGUCAUUUAUUAUAAUUGGUUCGUUACUACUGAAACCAUUGGAUUACUGCAUAAAUCCUGAAAUUGAUGUAUUUUAAAAGGAAAUACCUAUAUGAAGGUAUGCACAAUACUGGCUGUUCGAAAGAAACAGUAAUACUAUAAAACUUUUAUGGUAUAUAUAUAGCAAUACGAAUGAUGCGAUUGCAAUACGAAUAAAUACUAUUUAAAAAAAGUUUAAGAUUAGCAAUUGCAAAUUCUUUUUAUAUUGUACAACAUAUAACGUUUAUAUAAAGAAUUAAGAAAGUACUGUAUCAUAAAGUGUAGCAAAUAUAAAAGCAGAGAAAUUUUAAAAUGUUUUACAACUAAAUAUAAAUAAGACUUUAAAUUGUAUGCAAGGCAUAAAUAAAUUGAAUCACUGCCAGGAAACAGUAUUUGGUAUUCUACGAGGAACUAACUGAUUACAAUUAAUAACUCGUCUGUGUGACAGUUCUUGAUGAAAUUGGUCGAAAGUCGCUUUCAUCGCUGAUAUUACAAUCGUAGAUGGAUCGUAUGGAAAUAUUUCACUGCCAUGUAAAUAUUUGCUUGAACAGUAUGUAAUUAAAACCUUGUGUAUAUUUCUGUACAGUAUUUAUUAAAAAUUUUGCGUACAAUAAUUAAUAGUUUUAUUUAAAAAAUCAUAACAAGU